AUGCAACAUAGCGGCAGCACCGGUGUGCAGAGGGAGGCUGAAACUCCGGCGUGCAGGCGGCAGACGUUCUGGUAUGCAGGCCGCAAUCGCUGCGGUAUGGCGUGCGGGAAUACGGUUUGUGAGGUAAUCGGGUUUGUGAGGGGAAUGUAUUCGUGGGUUUCUGAAUUGGGAGGGAAAUGGGUACGGAUUGUGAAGAGCUCUACCUAUUUUCAUGCAGUCAUAAAGGAGUUGCAAGCAAGUAACGGUAUCUUUGAGCUAAAGAACAGUUACGGUGAGGUUGUAACAAAACAAACAGAAGAGAUUCAAAGGUUCUAUAGAGGCCUCCAAGGAGCCCCCUCUAGAGUGUCUAUUGGGAUCAACGAAGUGAAGAUUAAAGAUGCUCUAUUUGGCAUAAACGACAAUAAAUAUCCUGGAAUCGAUGGGUUCAAUGCUUACUUGAUCAAGAGAAUAUGGGAGACUUUAGAAGGUAUCGUGAAGCUGGUGGACCUAGCCCAAUCCUGUUUUACCUCGAGGAGAAAAAUCUCAGAUAGUGUUUUGCUAACUAGAGAACUGAUCAGAGGGUACACGUGCCAGUACAAUAGCCCUAGAUGCAUGAUCAAAGUAGACAUCAGUAAAGCUUAUGACUCUGUGGAUUGGUUCUUCUUGCGAAGCAUUAUGGAGGAGUUGGAUUUUUCGGAGAAGUUUGUGAAUUGGGUUUUAACUUGUGUUACGACAGUAUCCUUUUCGGUGUUGGAGUAUGGUACAUCGCUUAAACCUUUCAAGACUACUAAGAGGCUUAGAGAUGGAGAUCCCCUAUCUUCCUAUCUAUUUAAAUUGUCAUACUCUAACUCUUUGGUUAUCUUGAUGCGCAAUUUCCAUAGCUUCUCGAGGGCCUCGGGAUUAGAGGUUAAUGAAGUCAAGAGUAGUGUUUACAUUUCUAGGGUGGCUUCUACUAUUAAGUGUGACGUGAUGGAGUUCUUUGGUAUGCUUGAAGGUAGUUUUACGUUAUCCCCCUUCACUCAAAGAAGCUCAACAUCCAUAAUUGCAAGCCUCUGGUAG